AUGGAUGCCGAAAACUUCGCGAAGCUCACGGCAAUCUUGGAUCUCCUCGACCGCUGCAAGAAGAACCUUGCCCAGGCCGUGCAGCUCGAAACGCCGGUGCAGGUGCAGCAUGCGCUUCAGUCAGGCCGCACAUUGUCCAAGAGGUCCACACGCUCGGAAGGUCUGUUGGGAUUUGGCAGUGCAAAUGAUGGCCUUGAUGAAGACAUCAAAGACUGCGUCGUCAGUCGGGGGAUGAUGCGCAUAUUCGAUAGCAGGCAAAGCACCAACAAACGCAGCUCAGAGGGCUCGGAUUGCGAAGCGCAUAGCGACUGCCUUGACUACAUGGCUGAGAAAAGCUUCGGGCCCCCAGACGUUGACUGGGAAGAUUCGACUUGGCAACCCCCAGUGCCUUCUGGAAGCUUUGAGAACUUGUCCAGUGACGACUAUGCAAACCUGCGUCCCCAGAUUUUGGGCCAGCUGUUUGACAGGAUCCUCGAUUGCCUGCAGAACGACUUCGACGAAUUAAAUGUUCACUUAAAGCAGGACGUCAUCUCACUGAGAAAGAAACUGCAAGAUGCGGUGGAGACUAAUGACGAUCAG